GAGUUCAUUUGAAUUUGGUGAGGGAGGGAGUGGAGGUCUGGCGCCCGUCCUCAGCACUGUUAUUUCUCCCGCUGCCUUCGAACAACACAGUCGAUUCUCAUUAGGAAAACGGCUGUAUGGAGAGAAGAACAUUGUUCUAUGACAGCACUAAGGAAACUACCAGCAUUUCUUAUUUUCGAAGACAGUUUGCAAGUAGAUGCAUAUCAUCGAGCAAUUUUGAAAUUCGUAUAGUGAUGUUCGCUGUAGUGUAAGAGGCAAAGUGAGAAGUAGCGGCUACCUUUUGAGUAAAAUAAACCCUAAAUGAUCAGAACCUACAGUAUUAUUGUUAGUGUCAUUUGGUAAGUAAUUUCACAUUUGCCAAAUUAGUUUGACAGUUGGCUGGAAUCAUGACUCGGAGAUCCUGUGUAAUUUACGCUACUGGAAUUGUCUGCGCCCACCUACUGAUAGUGGGGAUUGCCUUGGUGGUGGCUCAAGUCUUUCAAACAAUGAUUCACAACCGGCUAAAAAAGGAAUUGACUUUAACAGAGGCAAGCCAAGUAUUUGAGUCAUGGAAGAACCCGCCGCCUCCAGUCUACAUGGAGUAUUACUUCUUCAACGUGACCAAUCCAGAAGUGUUCUUAGCAGGGGGAAAGGCAGUGGUCACCCAGAUUGGACCAUACACUUACAGGGAAUACAGACCCAGGGAAAAUGUGACUUUCCUUGAAAAUGGAACCAAGGUUUAUGCCCUGAAUCCCAAAAGCUUUGUCUUCGUCCCAGAGAAGUCCAGAGGUAAUCCAGAGGUCGACAUUCUGAGGACAGUCAACAUCCCAGCUGUGGCGGUGAUGAGUGAGCUGAACUCCUACUCCUUCCUGCUGCGUACCUUGGUCUCCAUGUAUAUGAAGUCCAUCGGUGUGGAGAUCUUCAUGACCCGCACCGUCCACGAGGUGCUGUGGGGCUUCAAGGACCCUCUGCUCACCAAAAUCCACAGCAUUAAGCCAGAGGUGGAUGAGAUGUUUGGGCUGAUGUGGAAGAAAAAUGGAACUCAUGAAGGAGAGUUUGUGUUCCUGACUGGAGAACGUGACUACAUGGAAUAUGGCAGAAUAGACACAUGGAACGGGUUGACUGAAAUGUCAUGGUGGUCCUCUAACCAGAGCAACAUGAUCAACGGGACGGACGGCAGUGUUUUCCACCCUCUGUUGUCUAGGAAAGAGCUGCUGUACAUCUUUGCAGCUGACCUCUGCAGGUCUAUCCAUCUGGGUUAUGUUGAGGACGUGGACGUAAAGGGCAUCCCAGCCUACCGUUUCGCCCCGCCCCACGAUGUCCUGCAGAGUCCUGAGGAGAACCCCACUAACGCCGGCUUCUGUGUGCCAGCUGGGGACUGCCUCGGCACCGGGGUGCUAAAAGUUAGUGUUUGCAGAGAAGGUGCACCUAUCGUGGUGUCGUUCCCCCACUUUUAUCAGGCAGAUGACAAGUACAUUAAUGCUGUUGAUGGACUGCACCCCAACAAGGAGGAGCAUGAGACUUACCUUGACCUUAACCCGACCACUGGGGUUCCCAUCCGUGCUUGCAAGAGAGCCCAGCUCAAUAUAAUUUUAAACAGAGUUCCAGGCUUCCCCAAAACCAAACAUCUAAACGAGAUCAUUUUUCCCAUCAUGUUUGUCAAUGAGACGGCCACUAUUGACGAUGACUCUGCUGCCCAGAUGAGAACUCUGCUGCUCAUCGUGACCCUGGUGUCCAACUUCCCUCUGCUCAUCGUGGGCAUGGGAGCCAUCCUGCUCAUUGUCCUAGUCGUCCUGGUCUGCAGGUCUCGCCAGAAGAAGAAUGAAGUAAAACGUAUUGAUUUUACUGAAGCUUUUCAUUCUUUUACUACGGCAAAAGAUGAAACGGCCUACACUCAAGUCAGCGACAAACCAGAGGUUGAACCAUCAGAAAACAACUAUACCAACCAGCCAAUGAGGAACGGCUCCUACAUCGCCAUGUCUCCCGUGGAGGCUCAGAAGUGUUGAUGCAGGCUGCAUUGUGUGGCUGGGCAGGCGGAGCAGCCUGGGCGUGGUAUUAUAACCAAGGCAGGGUUUUGCAGUGCGGCCAGGGGUUUUCACUUUUGGGCAACAACCCCAAUAAAUGUCCAUGUCAAUCAAGCUGCUGCUCUUCUCAAUGACGCUCUUGACUAUCCUGCUGAGCAUGGUCUUUCUGCCUGCCAUAGUGCAAAACAACAACUCUUGUCGUCUACUACUACUACUACUACUACUACUACUACUGUCACUUCUGUCUCUGUUCUGUUGGGCUCAGUGCUGGGUUCAUGAAGGAACACAUGGACAGCCAAGACAAAGCUUUUUUGAGUAUUUUCGGCAAGGGAAUAAGUAUCAAAUUAGGCAGUAUAUUCUAACUAAUUAAUAACAACCACUGAGCAGUCACUAUCAUCCUUCCACUGACUGAUGGGUAGUAUUCACCUGAUUUAAUGAAGACUAGAGGGUUCUGAAACAUUUCUUUGUAUCAGUGUUUGUGAGGUCACCUCAAACAGCCACCAGAUUAAAACAUCUGGUAUUCUUCCCUCCCUGUAACUGAGUAUUCACUGACUCAGAAUAUAAGUGGUUUUGCUAGUAAAACUGUACUUAGCAUAUCCUUUUCGAAGAAAAAAGAAAUGGACUAUUUAUAAUAUAUUUUCUUUUCCUGGGAUGAAUCCGUCAGUGCUCACACCCAAGUUGUUAUCAAAUAGAAUUUGUGACAGUUUGUGUGUGCAUGUCUUAACAUGCAGUGUCCUGUUUUGAUUGGACUAUGGGAGACUAUUUUUCUUGACGCAGGCUCAGUGUAGUAUGACAACUGAGAAACUAGACAUUUAGAUUUCUUUCCCUUCACCUUUUUCCCCAACACUAGUUUGAGACAGAAUUUUUUUAAACCUUAGACAUUUCCUCAGAUAAGGCAUUAGUAAAUAGCUGCUUUCCCAUUAAGGAUGAUUAAUAGCCAAAGUAGAAAAGGCCUAAACUUUCAUCUCAUAUUGAAAUUGUAAGAAAAAAAACCUACCCAUAAAACUUACAAGGGAAACUUGAACCUACUUUCUGCCUUACAAUUUUCAGUGUUUCUUUGUUGAUAUGGUAAAAAGCUGGAUAUCUUAAUAGUUGUACAUAUGCAAUGGGGAAAUGUCUGGCUACCUCUGACCUAAUCCAGCAAGUAGUCACAGGUGUGCCGAAGACACAAUUUUUUAAACUUCAGUGUCGACCCACUUUGUGUGUCUGCAUCAAUACUUGGAGAAAGCACAAUUUGGAUUGAUAGUACAGUCCUCAUAACAAGGUGACCAGGUUUUCACAUAAAGACGAAACACUGUUAGAAACACCGACUAGUGCGCCGUAAAGAAAACACAGGUGAAUUGUAGAAUAAACAAUCGGGCCCUGCACACCGCUUCUGCUGUGCAUGUUAUGUCAGAGUCAACUGGCUAGCCAAGGAGCUGUAGCUAUUCAGACGAACAUGGCACUUGAAUCACUCUUUGUCUGAUGUUUUGAUAUGUUUUUCUGGCCAUCGUUGGUCACUAGUCUCUGUGUCGUGUCAAGCCUUUUGGCAGUUGCUUCUGGAAAAAACGAACUAAGGCCAUAAUACUGUCAACUUGAAAAUUCCUGCACUUUCCCAAAAAAAGAGAACAUGCCCUGUAUUUUUUGGGGAUGUUACAUAAAAUGCAAGGGUCCUUCUGUGUAUUUCAGUAGUUUGCCCCAGGGUUGUUUUUCAAUGUGGUUCCUGAGGUGUUAUUCUAGAUGGACACUUUGCCUUUGUUACUUGCUUUUCAGUACAUUUAAUAUUAUUUUUUAUUUGUAUCUAUUAUUGCUGCUAUUAAUUGCCAUAACCUAUGGACUUGUAUUUUUUCUAUGGAUGAGCCAUGCUCAUAUUCUGUUUUAAGGUUGUUCCAACAGAAACCAGUAUCAACUUCUGAAUUGCUAUGUCUGGUCUCUGUGAAGCAACUCUUUAAAUAUUGAAUAUUUGAGCAGGAUACAAUGCCCAAAGCUUGCUGUCAUUUACUGUGAUUAGCACAUAACUAUAGAUAGCAACACAUUGUAACAUGAGGAAUUGUCCAUAUUGGGAAAGUUUUGAUAUUUGUAAUACUUGUUUCUGUGGGUGAUGAUAGGGUUUGUUCAACUGGAAACUCUGGAGUUCUAGAUGGGAUGCCCUUGUAAACAAAUGUAAUAGUUUUUUUUUUACUAUUUAAAAAAAAAAAA